AUGUACUCGGACAAGCUGAGGGCCUUGCGCGAACUCUCGUCCCUCCUGAAGGGGAAGCAGGAUGUGCCGCAGGAGUUGUGGGGUGAGGCUGGCGUGAAGGUUGGCGCGCGGUUGAAGGACGUAGAGAAGGAGAUUGUCGCUAUGAAGAAGAAUGUGUCGAAGGACAUCAAGACAAAGAUGGAGGAGGCGCAGCAUAUGAUGCUCGAGGAUGAAGCGAGGCGACAAGGCCUCACCGUUGAAGAGUUGGUUGGAAAAAAGCAGGAGGAUCGCGAGUUCAACAUGCAACUAAAGAAGACACGUGAACGCACCCGAGAAGAGGAUCGCGUCAAGAAGGAGACGCAGCGGCAGACAGACUUGGGCGAGCAUGACAUGGCAGUCGAGUACGUGUAG